AUGUAUAACUUGAGUUGUUACAACCCCAGUUCCUUUAUCCUUGUUGGAAUACCUGGCCUGGAGAAGUUCCACAUCUGGAUUGGGAUUCCCUUUUGUGUCAUCUAUGUUGUGGCUAUUGUGGGCAAUUGCAUCCUUCUCUACCUCAUUGCAGUUGAGCGCAGCCUCCAUGAACCCAUGUUUUUCUUCCUUUCUAUGCUGGCUAACACAGACCUCAUCCUGUCGACUACCACAGUGCCUAAACUGCUCAGUAACCUGUGGCAUGGCUCCCAGGAAAUAACCUUCUCUGGUUGUCUCACCCAGAUGUUCUUCCUUCACUUCAGCUUUGUAGUGGACUCAGCCAUUCUAUUGGCCAUGGCAUUUGAUCGCUAUGUGGCCAUCUGCUUCCCUUUGAGAUACACCAACAUCCUGACUCCACAGGUGAUCAUCAAGCUGGUGGCAAGCAUUGUUGUAAGGAGCUUCUCUGUUAUCCUGCCAGAUGUUUUUCUGCUCAAACGGUUACCUUUCUGUGGGACACGUAUCAUCCCACACACAUACUGUGAACAUAUAGGGGUUGCUCGCCUUUCCUCUGCUGACAUCUCCAUCAACAUCUGGUACGGAUUUGCUGUGCCUCUCAUGACUGUCAUCUCAGAUGUGAUCUUUAUUGCUGUUUCCUACACCUUCAUCCUCCAUGCUGUCUUUCAACUCUCGUCCCAGGGUGCCCGCCAAAAGGCCCUCAGCACCUGCGGCUCUCAUGUCUGUGUUAUUCUCAUGUUUUACACACCUGCCUUCUUCUCCAUCCUGGCUCAUCGCUUUGGGCACAGUGUCCCUCGAAAUGUGCUCAUCCUGUUUGCCAACCUCUAUGUGACCAUUCCUCCUGCUCUAAAUCCCAUUGUUUAUGGAGUGAAAACCAAGCAGAUCCAGGACAGAUUUAUCCUCCUUUUCUCUUUGAAGAAGACACAAUGA